CAGCCGGUGUUUUAACUUUAUCGUUGUAUCCACUUCAGAUACAAAACGUAACAGCUGUUAUAACCUCUCAGAAGUAACACAUAAACAAAUUCUAUAAAACAGCUGUAGACAUGGAGGAACAAAAUAUUCCUAUUGAUAUCAACACUGGAAAAUUAUUGGAAUGGCUAAUUAAUAGGCGGCAUUGCAGCAAAGAUUGGCAUUCAAAAAUAUUAAUAAUUAGAGAAAAAAUUAAUAAUGCAAUACAAGAUAUGCCUGUCCAUGAGGGAAUUGCAAAAUUAUUAUCUGGUUCAUACAUAAAUUAUUUCCACUGUUUAAAAAUAGUAGACAUUUUAAAAGAAACUGAAGCUGAUACCAAAAAUUUAUUUGGAAGGUAUGGGUCUCAAAGAAUGAAAGACUGGCAAGAAAUAUUAAAUUUAUAUGAAAAAGAUAAUGUAUAUCUUGCAGAAGUAGCACAAAUGCUUAUAAGGAAUGUUAAUUAUGAAAUUCCAAGUACUAAAAAACAAAUUCAAAAACUAGAGCAAAUGCAAGUUGAUUUAGAAAAAAAAGAAGCAGAUUAUAAAAAGUCAGAAAACACAGCUAGGUCAGAAUUUAAUGCUCUGUGUAAACAAUUAGAUGUUCCUGGUCAACAAAUCAAACAAGAAUUAGCAGAGAAAGUAAAAGAACUUCCUGAAAUGUAUGAAAAGAUUGCAAAAAAAGCUAAAUCUCUAGAAAAAGCUGUUGAAUUUUAUUGUAGUUUUGUUAAUUAUACUCUUGGUAGACAACAUGAUGGUGGUUGUGUUCCAAUGGUGAAAUAUGUUAUUGACAAAGGCAAUACUACUACAUAUGAAUGGAUGUAUGGAGAACCACCAUUAUCAAUAAGUGAGCCACCAUUAAAUAUAAGUUUUGAUGAUGAUUCAGACAAAAAGGAAGUUGACAAUGUUGAGAAUGUUGGAAUCGAUUUUGGAGAAAUUGAUAUAAAUAGAGGUAUAGAAAAUGGAGGCAUAGAUUUUGGUGAUGAUGUCAACUUAGAUGCUGGAGGUGACAUUGAUUGGGGUGAUGAAAAUGUGGAAGAGGUUCCACCAGGAGAUAUUGAUUACAAUAUUUCUUUAGAAGAAUCUGGUAUAGUUGUAGAAGCAGCUGGCCAUGAAGGUGGUACUGCUGCUGGUACUGAAGCAUAUAGAGUUCUUGAUAAUCCAGCUACUAGAAAUGAUUUUAUUAAUCAGUUAUUUGAGUUGGAAGCAUUCCUUAAAUUGCGUUUGUACGAGUUUAAAGGAAAUGACAGUAUAAAUUUCUUGAGCUUCAGUCAGUUACAAGACUCGUCUUCUAUUCUACAGCAUUCUACAUUAGAAAGUACUCAAAAUAUGUUGGAUAAUGUUCAAGUUGUUUUGUCUGAAAUUUUAGAUACUAAAGUCCAGCACUUACACAAUAUCAAACAUUCUGCAAGAUACGUAGAUAUAUUAGCUUCAUCCUUAAAACAAAAACUAACCUUGAUUGAAAAGAUGACAGCGCUACAAAAGAAUAUGCGGGAGAAACGGGAAGCUACUGCAGAACAAGCUGCCGCUGUUCGACCUCUUUUACAACUGCUAAUCCAGAGGACAAAAGAGUUACAAGCAGAGAUAGAGAAAGAUAUUUCGAAGAAAUAUAAAAACAGGGUUGUGCAUUUAACAGGAGGCAUAAGUGCUUUGUAAAUAAUUAAUAAAAUAUAAAAAUAGAACCUGUUCAAUGUAAAUAAGAUUUUAUUACGAAACAAGGGCGUGGACGGUAUUAUGUAUUGUACAAAAAAUUGAUUACAUAUUUUUUUUAUAUUGCAAUAAAUGUUGCUGUUAUAACGCAAUAAAGAUAAAUAACAUUUUA